UUGGAAAAAACGAAAUAGCAUAUUCCUUCCGACAAAGAAUAAGUUCCAACACGUGAAUGCAUUCAGAAAUAUUCAAAUCAUGGUCUUCAGUUGCGACAAGGUGUUCCAUUAUGGAGUGUUUGAUCUGCCACUGCCUUGCCGCCUCAAGCUAUCCAGCGUUGCCAACCUGGAAACCAACCUCAACCUCCCCAACAGUCGGGGCUAUGGGCAGCUAGAAUUUCUAAAAAUGAAUGCAACAGAAGAUGGCUCGGUGGCGGGAGGAGGCUCGACUGGUGUGCCUUUCCUGGAGGAGGAUAGCACCGACCUCUCCAGCGUGGCCUUCUCCAACCUCUACCCAGCUGUCAUUGAAUGCUUUGUCAUUAUUUUGUGUGGAUAUUUGGCUGGCAGGGGCAACCUCAUAUCGCAGACGGAGUCGAAGGGCCUCAACACAUUCGUCGGCACGUUUUCUUUGCCCUCGUUAAUAUUCAUGUCUAUGGCUCAGUUAGACUUCAGUUCUGUGAAUUGGCUCUUUUUGCUAUCCAUCUGCAUCUCGAAAGCCACGGUGUUUUUCUUGGUGAUUCUGAUAACGCUUCUUGUACACCGCCCGAUGGAUUUUGGCAAAGCUGGUCUCUUUGCCAUCUUUUGUACGCAGAGUAAUGACUUCGCUCUGGGAUAUCCAAUUAUUGCUGCACUGUAUGGAAAGAGUCAUCCAGAAUUUGCUUCCUACCUAUAUCUGGUAGCUCCAAUAUCUUUGGUCUUCCUAAACCCCAUUGGUUUUAUAUUCAUGGAGAUCGGAAAACGCCACAAAAGCAGCCAAGAGGGAGAGGAAGGCAGUUCUACUCGGCGAAAAGAGAAUGGCUGCCAGAUGGUGUUGUAUAUUGUCCGAGACGUUCUCCUAAACCCAAUUGUGCUCAUGACUGCCAUGGGCAUUGUUGGAAAUUUCAUCUUUGACCAUAAAUUGCCCAAUAUCCUUGAAGGAAUCUUGAAGGUGAUGGGUCAAGCUUUCUCUGCUUCAGCCCUAUUUCUCCUUGGCCUGAGGAUGGUGGGGAAAGUCCAGACCCUGAGAGGAUCAGGACUGGUUGUGCCAGGCAUCCUUAUUGCCACAAAAACGUUGAUCCUCCCCUUGGUCACAAGGGAAGUGGUGAGCUUGCUGCAGCCCGGAGCUUCUACGAAUGAGACAGCAGACUACAGCAACUAUGGGUUCCUCUACGGCACCUUCCCGACAGCUCCUGGGGUCUUUGUGUUUGCAUCACAUUAUAAUGUUGCUGUUGAUCUGAUGGCCAGUGCAAUGGUUGCGUGCACCUUCCUCUCUGCUCCUCUGAUGUUUGUGUCUGCAAAGAUGGUCACCCUUGUGAAGAUCAACCCCCUGGACUACGUGAAGGAGUUGGAGUCAAUCCUUUUCAAUGUCAGCAUUAUUGGACUCAUAUGUGCUGUGUGGGUACUGAUCAUUUUUUCAUUGAGUCGGAAGUGGCGUAAAGUCCCUCAUUUUGUCACGCUGUGUUUGUCGUUGUCUCAGGGUGUGGCAUGCAUAGGUGCCUUGCUGUGGUCAGUGAUGGACUGCAACCAUACAUGGAAGCUGUAUCUCCAAUUUGUGCUCUUUUCAUGGGGUGUUUUCUCAUCCCGCCUGUGGACGGCAAUCCUGGCCAUUACACUUUUCCUUCUGCGCUGGCGGUCUCUGUGCUUUGUGCUUCGACUCAGGCCUUUCCUUGCUAUUAUUGGAUGGGGGCUGCCCGGCAUCCUUGUGACAGUGCUGAUUCUGAUGGUUCAGCAGGAGACAGAUGUAGCUGAUAAACAUGACCCAAACUUUCAGUAUGGCUCAGCACAGGCUGUGGUUGCCUUACUUCUCCUUUGGUUUAGUCUUUUCACAACAAUGGUGUGCCUCAUACUCCACCAGCGACAUGAGAAGCGGUAUGCACAAUAUGAAUCUCUACUUAAUCUGGAUGACCCAGAUGAUCGAAGAGGUUCUCGCUCUGCACGAAGCUCGGCACAAAGUUCUCCUCGAUCAUCCACAGUUGAACGGCCAAAAUUGACAAGCAAUGGUGUGUUAAAUGGCUCUUCAAUAGUAGACAUGGAAGAAAUGGUAAACUAUGCCCGAGACCCAGAACAGUUUGAGGACCAGCUGUCUUCAGACAGUGAUAGCCUUUUCAGUCCUCAUGAUGAACUAAGUACAGGAAAUCGUUAUCGCAAUGAGUCAAGAGAGAGGGACGAUAUUUCUGACAUUGUCCAGCGUCAUGUAUCUUCUGCUCAGCUGACUGAACCUGAAGAAACCACGAUUGUCCGUGAUCGAGAUGAUGAGUUCCAGAUGAUGAGGCAUGUGGUCCUGCUACUCUUCUUGUGUGGCUCCAUGAUAGUGGGCUUUGCUUUGUGUAUGUGGACACUUGUAACAGAAGAAGUUAAUGGUGUUUAUGUUGAGUUGGUCUUCCUGGACAUUGUCCUAAACUUUGGACAAGCAUUCUUCACAGCAGCUAUCUUUGGCCUUGACUCCAAGUUGAUCGUCAUGCCUCUCCUGAAGUGGUGGCGACGCAUGUGUCAUGGGGCGGCAACAGUCAAACUCCCAACAUGGAAUGACCUUGAUUCAUUAACCAGACAGACGUGCGAUCAGUUCACAACAUACCACAUGGACAAGUGCAUCAAAGACAUAGUCAGGGACAGAAGGUGGAGACUUAAGAACUUGCCAGCAGUCUUCGGAGGGAAGGAACUCGUCGAUUGGCUACUGAUGGUUGGACUGGCUCGAGACCGUACUGAUGCCAUCAAAUAUGGCCGGCAGCUUCUCCAGGGUCGUGUUAUCCGCCACAUUGACAACCUUCACCACUUCCAUGACCAGCCUUUGUUCUACACUUUUAACAUUGGGGAAGGGAAUAGUUGCCAGUGAAAGGUAAAUGGCUGAUUAAUGGCAAGGUUGUCCCAAGAGACCCUGGUGGAUAUUUGUGGUAGUUUCUAAGAAAAAUGAUGGUGCCAAAAGAAAAAGAAGGUUGUAGCUGCACAUUUUAUGAAAAUCUGUAGCUGAUAUUAUCAUGUUAGUGUAAUUUGAAGACAGUGGUUGUGAAUGGACACACAAAAAGUCUUUAUUUUGCAAGAUUUGGGCAUUGUACAAAUUGGAGUUAAUGUAAAUAUGGAUAUAUUUAAAGAAAAGUAUAUGUCUUGACUAAAGAAGUCUAUUUUUAUGUAAUUAUGUUAUUAACAAUUGGGAAUGUGACAGACCUAUUGUGUUCAUGUGCAAUACGUUCCAUAAAGAAAAUUAAUUGAGGCUCCUCACAGACGUUUAUUUAUGUAUAUUAUUUGCACACACAAACAACGCACAGAAAGUGAUAGUGAAAAGUGGUUAUGGAGCACAUCAUGCCUCUUGCUUAUGAGGUGUUAAAUUAUGGUUGUGUAUAUGGGAAUGCACCUAUCCUUGUAUAAUUUUAUUUUUAUAUUAUAAGGCA